AUGGCGGACGACAAGGAGGGACAAGUUGCUUCCUUGUUAAUUCAUUACGAUAAAACGUAGGAAUCGGAAUUUUACAAACAGUGCACUAUUCAUCCAGUGAAAAUGUUACCAAUACUUCAAACUUGCCUUGGGAAUAAUAGCGUCAAUGGCUUUAUAAGCUUUUGGAUAUCAUUAGCAAGAUGAAAUUGGCUAGACAAAGGAUAAGGCGAGAAGUCAUUUUGGAGUAACUCGUUGACCUAUCGAAAUUUGGAGGGACUUUCCCUUGUGUCAUUAUAGAAGACUAGGGUGCAUCACGGGAAAAGUUUUCCAGCCCAAGGAAAACGCGAACUAAAGCAUCGUUUUACUCUAACUCACGUCAGAACAGCUCCUCGUACGAAAGAAAUGAAGACCUUUCCUGACGAACACCUGCGAAACUGAAAGAUGCAAAUGCCAGAAAGUUGCAAAGGAUCUUGGCCUCUUGAUUCCAGCUGUUUAGUUUACAAUCUCGAAAUUUUGAAAGCAUGUCGUCAUCAUUUUGCGCAUAUUGGUGGUUCCUUGCCUGAAGAUUCACUGUGUUUUCUGUCAUCUGAAGUAUCACAUCUUUGUCCUGGUCCAUUUGUUCAAAUCCAACUUGUGGUUGCACUGAGAACUGGUAAUAAUGAACUGCUUGAUUGUCACCUUGUUGCUGAUGAAACUGGACAAUUCAAAGUGAAUGGGGGACGAGGUGUGAUUGAAGCAGAAGUGAAACCAGUUGGUUGCAAGCAUUUGGUAGAAACAUUGUCCAUAGACUGUGGUGGGAAAGAACUGCCAUCCUGUACUGGGAAUUUUUUGUUUCUCCUUCCAGUUAGCAGUUCCGCUUACCAAGUUAACAUUAGAUUCCGAGCAUUAACUGGAGAAUUGCUGGAUGAAAUUUCUAAGCCCAUUUUGACCCAUCAUCAAGGAACAAACUUGUUUGAUUACUGUGAUGGUCACUCCCUGCCAUCAGUGGAAUUCCCCAUCUCCAAAAAGCAACCAGUUGGCAUUCUGGGAAUCCCUGAGGGUCAGAAUAUUGUCUCGUAUUUUCAAGAAUUGGUGGAAAAUGGUGCAAUUGAGUGCUUCAGAAGGGAUAUACUGCGUCUCAUGCAACACAUAAAUUCAUCCAAUCAUGUGGAGGCAAAGUAUCAGGAUUUGCUUCUUGCUGUGAAAUUAGAGAAGUGUCUCAUUUUGUAUCAGAUGGGGGAUUUUGAAGGAUGCAAGCAUGCAGGUGAAGAAGUCUGUAUUCAGGCAAACAGGAACCACUCAACAAACUAUAACGCACUUGUUGGAAGAGCAAAAAGUGUUAUCUCUGGGGCCUACAGGACGGAAGGAGACUUUGAGAAGGCUGGAGAACUAUUGGAUUCCUCUACUGAGCUGUUACAGGCAGUUGUUCCCAAUGAAGAGACUUCAAUCAACCACACCAGGGUUGCUGCUCUGUUGUGCGAGAAGGCAGCUGUCAUGGGAAUCACCAAAUCAGAAAGAAAGAAGUUGAAGAAAGCCUUGAAGGAUGUGAUACUGCGCCCCAGACACCGAUCUGAAAGGAAUCAAAGCAGGAAUGCGAGGAGUCGUAGAAGAGCUCUUAUCAGGGCAAUACUCUUCUACCUUUGCUCAAGAAAAGGCAAAGCCACCAACCUUCAGACGGAUGUGUCCCAAAAGGAUUUAGCAAGAGCGGAGGAAUUUGCUCAAAAGUUCAAGAGAGAUUACCUUACCAAUUGUCCUAUGAGAGAUAGGGCAGGGUUUUAUAGUGCCUAUGGUGAUCUGCUAACAAGAAAAGGACAAUAUGAAGAAGGUUUGUACAGUUUUAACGUUUGUAUUCUUGAGGUACAUAACAUGAUAUUAAUUCAGUGGUAAUUAUGGAAACUAAUAAUAAAAGACACCAUUACUGCAUA